GACGGAUCUCUUUGUAUCGACGCCGCCGCCCACGAUUGGAGGUCGUACGAGAAUGGGGAAGAGGAAAGUCCAAAACUUGAGGACUUUUUGGGCAAUUGCUAUUCAAACUCGCCGCCCAACGAUCAGGGCAGAGGCGGCGGCUAUUGCACCCAGAAUCCAGAACAGCAGCAGCAGACGCAUAAUAAUAAUAAUACCUUUAUUCAGCCGAAUAAUAAUAAUAAUAAUAAUAAUAAUAAUAGUAAUAGUAAUUAUAAUUACGAUUGCCAGGCGGAUCAUCAAACUCUAAUUCCUAACAAUAAUAACGCAAUUUACAAGUCGUGGUUGGGGCCGACGCCGAGCGCGGAAAAUGAGUGCGGGUUUCAGUCGCUGUCUCUCGGCAUGAGCCCCACCUCCAUAAACGACAUCGCUUCACUGCCCUCGCCGCCGCCAUUGGCGGCCGAUUCCCGGAAACGCCCCGUGGCGGUGGCGGUAGCCAAGCCUCUGCUCAAAGAACCAGUUCCUAGAAAGUCCAUCGACACCUUCGGACAGAGGACCUCUCAGUAUCGCGGUGUCACAAGGCAUAGAUGGACAGGGAGAUAUGAAGCACAUUUAUGGGACAACAGCUGUAGAAAAGAGGGCCAAACAAGGAAGGGAAGGCAAGUUUAUCUUGGUGGUUAUGAUAAGGAAGAAAAAGCAGCACGAGCCUAUGAUUUAGCUGCACUCAAAUAUUGGGGUCCAACAACUCAUAUUAAUUUCCCGCUGAGCAGUUACGAAAAUGAGCUAGAAGAGAUGAAGAACAUGACCCGACAGGAGUUUGUAGCCAACUUGAGAAGGAAAAGCAGUGGAUUCUCAAGAGGAGCUUCAAUGUACAGAGGAGUAACAAGACAUCAUCAACAUGGAAGGUGGCAAGCUAGAAUUGGAAGGGUUGCGGGAAAUAAAGAUUUGUACCUUGGCACAUUUAGCACACAAGAGGAGGCAGCGGAGGCCUAUGACAUAGCGGCAAUCAAGUUCAGGGGGACGAGUGCAGUGACGAAUUUCGACAUUGGUAGGUAUGAUGUGAAGAGGAUUUGCUCGAGCUCGACUCUGAUUGCUGGUGGCCUUGCGAAGCGUUCACCGUUAAAGGAUGGUACUCUCUCGACGACGGAGGACUAUACUGCCUGUGCUUCGCCAUCGUCCUCGCAGCCUCUCUUGGCCAUUGCUGGCGAUGGGAGUGCCGAGAGCCACAAUGAGUUGGCUGACAUGGUUUGGUUCAUUUUAUUCAAUAAAUGA